UGCUGUUGUUACUUUUGAGUGGUUCAUUGACAGCAAGUCAGCUGGUACGGAACCGGAUGCAGCGUGUCGUUUCUCUGAUCGAAGGAGGAUCGUUCAGGCAAAAUGUUGAGAAUCACAAUUCGGGCUGACAUAAGUACUCUUUGGGUCUUGUUCUGGGUCACAUAUUCUCAGUUUUUGGCCGUGUCCUCCGAUGACAUAGUGGUGGCAUGUGGGGGAUUUGUGAAGUCCGACGUUGAAAUCAAUUACUCAUUGAUAGAGAUCAAACUCUACACCAAACAAGGCUCCUUAAAAUACCAAACUGACUGUGCUCCAAUUAAUGGCUACUUUACGAUUCCACUUUAUGAUAAGGGAGAUUUUGUUUUAAAGAUUGAACCUCCCCUUGGGUGGAGCUUUGAGCCUACCAGUGUCGACCUUCAUGUAGAUGGCGUCACUGACAUAUGUACAAAAGAAGAGGACAUCAACUUUGUUUUCACUGGUUUUUCAAUAUCGGGAAUGGUCUUGAGUAAAGGCCAUCUCCUUGGCCCAGCUGGAGUAGAAGUGAAAUUGAGUCAUACUGGAACAGACGAGAAACUCCAAACUGUCAUCACCCAGCCUGGGGGAGCAUAUAGCUUUCACAAAGUGCUCCCUGGAACAUAUGACAUCAUUGCUUCCCAUCCUUCCUGGAUUCUGGAGCAGAGCGCCACAACGGUGCAUAUUUCCACUGCCAACACGUUGGCUGCUGACCAUUUGGUGGUUGCAGGCUACGACGUCUCGGGGGAAGUACGCAGUGAUGGCGAGCCCAUGAAAGAGGUCACCUUCCUGCUUUACUCGGCUACAGUCAAAAGAGAGAAUGUGAAAGGCUGCAACUAUUCUCCAGUGGAGGAUGCAGACUCUGGGGACAGCUCCCUCAUCUACCUGUGCAGUGCCCUCUCCAGGGAGGAUGGUAUCUUUACCUUUCCCUCACUAUCUAGUGGGGAGUACACCGUGUUGCCCUUUUACAGAGGAGAAAGGAUCACUUUUGAUGUUGCUCCUUCCAGAAUGAAUUUCAAGGUGGAACACAACAGUUUGACGCUCGAGCCCAUCUUUCGUGUCAUGGGUUUUUCUGUUACUGGUCGGGUCCUUAAUAGUGUUGAUGGGGAAGGUGUAGUUGAUGCCACGGUCUCCAUCAACAAUCAAAUUAAAGUUGUUAGCAAAGAGGAUGGUUCAUAUAGGCUGGAGAACAUGACAGCCGGUACUUACACCAUCCGUGUCCACAAGGAGCAAAUGUUCUUUGAGGCAAUAACAGUGAAAAUUGCCCCCAACACUCCACAACUUCCAGACAUCAUUACAGCAGGUUUCAGUGUUUGUGGACAAAUCUCGAUCAGCCGCCUACCUGAGGGCAUGAAGCAGCAAGGUCGCUACAAGGUCACCUUAACACACCAGGGCCAAGAUAAAACCUCAGGCCGAAUGAUUGACUCAGACACCCAGGGAGCCUUCUGCUUUCAGGCAAAACCUGGAGACUACAGUGUCCAUGUAUCUCUCCCUGAGAUAGAUGUGAAAGCUGGAUUGGCUCUGCAUCCUCAGGCGCUGGUGUUCUCAGUUGUGGACCAGCCCCUCACAGACCUACUUUUUACCCAAUUCAUGGCCUCCAUCUCUGGAAAGGUCUACUGUUUGGCAUCCUGUGAUGACCUGUCGGUAACGCUCCAACCAGUAAGCCGCCAAGGAGAGAGAAGGAUCAUACCUUUGUCAGGCAGCAGUGACAUCCUCAGCUUCUCUUUUGACAAUGUUUUACCUGGGAAAUACAAAGUAAGCAUGUCUCACGAGGAGUGGUGUUGGAAACAUAAAUCCAUGGAAGUCGAAGUUGUUGAUGCUGACAUCUUGGGGGUCGAGUUCCGACAGAUUGGCUACAUCCUUCGCUGCUCCCUCUCCCAUGCUAUUACUUUGGAGUUCUUUCAGGAUGGCAGCAAACCUGAGAAUGUGGGAAUCUACAAUCUCUCCAAGGGAAUCAACCGUUUUUGCCUCUCCAAACCUGGUGUGUACAAAGUCACCCCUCGCUCCUGCCAUCAGUUCGAGCAGGAUUUUUACACCUAUGAUACCUCAGCACCCAGCAUCCUGACUCUUACUGCAGUGCGGCAUCACAUGACUGGGCUCGUAACCACCGACAAGAUCCUAGAUGUCACAGUCACCAUCAAAUCGUCCAUUGAGAGUGAGCCAGCGCUGGUUCUUGGCCCCCUGCGGAGUCUUGAGGAGCAGAGACAAGAACAGCAGCUGCAGGAGAUUCAGUUGCGGCGCCAAGAACGAGAACGGCGAGCUGCUGAAGAGGAAGGGGUCGUCAAGGAUGAUAGUCCUCCUAUCCAAGAAAAGGCUGAUGACCUGACAGGCCCCUUCCACUACGAGUUCUCCUACUGGGCCAGGGCCGGAGAGAAAAUUACAGUUACUCCCUCCUCCAAGGAGCUGCUCUUCUACCCCCCUGAAGUGGAGGCCACUAUCACAGGAGAGUCAUGUCCUGGUCGCAUGGUGGACAUCAUGGGACGUGCAGGACUCUUCCUGGAGGGCAAAGUGUCACCGGAGCUGCAAGGUGUGGAGAUCUCAAUCACUGAAAGAGGAGCUACUGCACCACUCAUCACUGUGGCCACCAAUGAGAAUGGAGCAUACAGUGUGGGUCCACUCCACAGUGACAGGCAGUAUGACAUCAGUGCCAGUAAAGAGGGUUUUGUCCUGAGUCAUGUAGAGGGAGCCCAGGGAGAUUUCAAAGCCUUUGCUCUGGCUGGAAUCACCUUCAAGAUAAAAUCGGAGGACGGCCAUCCGCUGUCAGGAGUCCUUCUAUCUCUAAGUGGCGGACAGUUUCGUUCCAACUUGUUGACUCAGGACACUGGCCUUCUCACAUUCAAUAACCUGAGUCCAGGUCAGUACUAUUUCAAGCCCAUGAUGAAAGAAUACUGCUUUAAGCCAACAUCCCAGAUGAUUACGGUGGAAGAGGGUCAAAUCCUCAGUAUCGAUAUAACUGGGAGUAAAACUGCAUAUAGCUGCUACGGAGCAGUACAGUCUUUGAGUGGUGAUGCGGAGAGGAACGUUGCCGUGGAAGCGGUGGGUCAAGAAAACUGUAGCACCUCCAGUGAGGACACCGUUACUGAUGAGGAAGGUCGCUUUAGACUAAGAGGUCUGCUGCCUGGUUGCAAGUACUUGAUUCAGCUGCGAGCUGAAGGUAACGACCACAUUGAGAGAGCCUUACCACAACAAAGAGCCAUAGAGGUCGGCAGCAGUGACAUUGAGGGAGUCAACAUCAUCGCCUUCAGACAAAUUAAUCAGUUUGACCUGAGCGGGAAUGUCAUUACAUCCCCGGAACAUCUAGCAACUUUAUCGGUGAAGCUAUACAAGAGUGACAACUUGGACAACCCCCUCCACAGUGUCUCACUGGGCCAGUCCCUCUUCUUCCAUUUCCUCCCACUGGACAGAGAUGGAGAGGGCUACAUUCUGAUGCUAUACUCCACACUGUCCCGCACCCAGUAUGACUUCAUUCUACCUCAGGUUUCCUUUACUUCCACUGGCUACCACAAGCACGUCACCCUCACCUUCAACCCAACUCGCAAAGUACCUGACCAAGAUGUCGCCCAGGGCUCCUACAUUGCUCUACCCCUCACUCUGCUACUCCUGUUAGCAGCGUACAACCACGAAAAGGUCAUCCCCUUCCUCCUGCAGAUGGUGAAUCGUAUUCAGGGUGUAAGAAGCAUGGCCCAGGCCAGCGGAGACAGUGCUGCCUUGGACGAAGCCAAACGUCAGGCCAAGAGGCAGAAGGCCCGACGCACAUGAGACAGAAAACCCCCAAGCACAUUUGAAUAGUCCACAAGCCCUCAUUGCCAUAAAUCGUUGAGUCACUUUAAUUGCAAGUUUUCAACAAUGCAUUCAACUCUGGGCAAAGGUCAGUGAACCUUUUAGCUUGUUUUAUUUAAAAUAACCCCCCCCAAAAAAAAAAAAAAAAAAAAAACACCCGACCUCAGUUGCUCACAUUCACCGACUGAUUUUUUUCUAAUUCAAGCAAUUCAUUGUUUUAGACAUUUGUGAUCAAAUCAUGAGAAUGUAAUUAAUUUAGGUUAACUCAGAUCUAUUUGUUGCCAUUAAAAAACACUUGAUUAUAUUGUUGAUAUUGAUGGUUGCUGACUGGUUAGCACAUCUGCCUAACAGUUCUGAGGUCAGGGAUUCAAAUCCAGCCUCCCUGUGUGGAGUUCGCAUGUUCUCCCUGUGUACGGGGUACUCCGGUUUCCUCCCACAUUCACGCAUGGUUGGUUAAUUGGAGACAGCAAAUUUUCCAUAGGUGUGAAUGUGAGCGUGAAUUAUUGUUUGUCUAUAUUUGCCCUGCGAUUGGCUGGCGACCAGUUCAGGGUGUACCCCACCGCUCGCCAGAUGUCAGCUGAGAUGGGCUCCAGUACGUCCGCAUCCCUAGUGAGUGAGGAUAAGCGGUUUGAAAAAUGGAUGGAUGUUGUCUGCCAACAUUGGGGUCAGUUCAAGGUCAAUUUACGGACUUGAGCAUGUCAUGUGGCAACUUUGCCCACAACAUAAAAAACAAGAACUAGCUUCGUUAACAUGGAGGGUAUCUGAUAUUCAAUGAUGUGGAUUCCUUUUACUGUAAUUCUCCCCUACUAUUUUUGAGACACACAAUUUUGUAACUAUUGUAACAAUGAGUGAAUUUUCAGUGAGACAUUUAGCUCAGGAGAAUUGGAAAUAUUCAAAUGGUUAAAUUUUGUGGGAGUUAAAUGGUAAUGUGGUGUAUUUCUUUUUUUCCUCCUUUCUUUCCAAUCUAGCAUAUCGCUGCUAUCCGGCAGAAUCCUCGCAUCUCCAAAACCAUCACUUUUCAGGAAACCAAAAACAGGGCUUGUUUAUUUAACGAUUAACAUUGCAUCGUCAAAGAGAGCAAGCCAUUUGCAACACUUUCAAUUGAUCAGUAAUUUGUAAAAAUAACACAUCCAUGUGGGGACUGACCAAUUGUAUCAAUUUGUGGGAAUUUUUGUAUUUAUUUAUUUUUUUUUACAAAAUUUGGACAUGAGGUUUCUGCCCGACAGUGACGAUAUGCAAAUAGAAUAAUAACAAUUAACCUUAUUCAUACGCUGAUGCAUUGCAAACAAAUUUUUCUUCCAAAUUUGACAAUUGUUGAUGUUACUAUUUUGUGGCAGAUUUGUUUGAACCCAUGUUAAACUUUACUACGAUUGUUUAAAUAUAUAUACCACAGUAGUGGAUAUUAUUCUGCAACUGUACAAUUUAGUACUGUAAAGUCCCAUAUUACAAUUUAUUUCCAUUGAAAGUUUCCAACUUUGAAAAUUCCUGGAAAUUUUCAAUUUGCAAGUGAAAACUUCAUGUUUAUCUAACUUGUCCAGUGCCUCCAUGUUAUAUGGUGGACAACAGCACUCAGAUCUCAUUGAAUCUAAUAGUAUUUGUCUUUAAAAUGUAUAGGUUAAGAUGAUUUACUCUGCUAUGUCAACGGCAACCUGAAUCCACCCGUAAUAUUAAUCACAAAAGAGGAGACGUUACCGUUUUGUUAGAAACAUUCGUCAUGCACUCCGUUUAACUGUCAGGGGAUUCGGAGAGACUUAUUAGCUCUGAAUGAGGAAAAAAGUUUUGAUUUUUGGUACACUGUGAAGAUUUUGUUGUUGUUGUUGCUCCAUGGGGUGGGGGUUGCUGGGAAUUACCUGGAACUGAGAUUUUAAUAAUUUAUUAACAUGGAUUAAAUGUGAGUGUCUUCUGUUAGUGUGGGUAAACUACUUAAUUAUGUGUUGAGGUUGAGAACCCUCAAGAGUAAAUUAUUCAUAGAUCUGGUCAAAAAUUUGAAUAAAAAGAUUUGAAAUUUGA